AUGCAAGAAGUGACACAGCAGAUAUCAACCUCAGAAGAUGACAAAAGUGUUUUGCCAGGCGGUAAAGCCUUUGAAUCAGUCAGCAGUCAGCAAGCAGCAAGAUGGUGUCGUCUUGUGCAGUGCUCGCCAGCAUUCCCACAGGAGCGAAAAGAACGACGUGGCGAAAAGCGAGAUCGUGAGGAGCGCCACGAGAAGGCCACGGGGGACCGCGAUCGAGAUCGCGAUCGCGACCGGGACCGGGACCGAGAUCGUGAUCGCGAGAAAGGCAAAUGCCAGGCAGCCGGGGCUUUGAGGAACUUCACGGGUGCCAUGGCAGCCUCCGUGGCAUCGGCGGCUCGCACGGAGCGCACUGGAGAGCGAGCGGCACCUUAUGGCGAGGCCCCUGCUAAAGGCCGUGGCAAACAGGCGAUCCUUCCACCUCCGCGAAAGACGUUGGAUCGCUCGCGCACAUGUCCUUUCCUGCUUCGGAUCUUUCGGAAAAUAGGCGAGCAUCACGGCAUUCAGGCGUUUACAGAGCGUGGCAAGGAGCCGGUCCAUGACGAGCUGCAGGUGUAUGCCUGGCCAGACGUCACACUUCGAGAGUUAGCGGACCUGAUCAAGGACGUGGCGCCAGAGGCCCGGGACCCCAAGGUGAGGCUGGCCUUCAACCUGAUCUACCCUGACAAGACUGGAAAGAACGUCAGCACCAACCUGGGCACGGUCACCUGUGCGCGACGCGGUCCCGAUGAUGACAAGGCCCGGCCUUUGCUUCCUUUGCGCUUUUGGGCUGUAGCUCGACCUUUGGGGAGCUCAGUUUUGUGGGGAACCGCGAAACACGCUUAUGCUCUCUUUGGUGUUCCUUGCUACGAGCGGUCGGGGUUGGCUAGAAAGUAG